CAAACUUCAAACUUCAAAGAUCGUUGAUUUUUGAUUUCGAUUGAAGCUUGACUGGAAUAUUAGAAAAAUUGUAAAUACUUGUGUUUACUGUGUGUUUUAGUUUUAUGUGUUUGUUAUUUAAGUGGUUGUUGUAGUGUUUGUUUGCAUAGUGGUUUAUGUUACGUAUGCGCAACUAUGUUAGAAACUCCGCUAAGUUCUACGCCUGGUCUAACCAGGAUAAGUAUUGGCGGGAGUAGCAAUAGUUCUAUUAGAAGGCGAAGUCUUAUACCACAGAAACCACCAGCGAGUAAUAAAAAUGAGGAACGUAAUGACGAUGAUGCUGAGAGGUCAUCGCUGGUGGCAUCAGAGCGUGCCCUGGCUACAUCGACUCCACACACUGCCUCACCCAGGCGAGGCAGAGAUACCAUGGCCUCAUCACCACAGAAAGAGCAUUUUCAAGGAUGCCUUAAACUUUAUGCUGAAAAUAAAAUAACAAAAGAUAAUGCAUGGAACCUCCAGCUCAUAGAUUUCAUGACGUCUAUGUUGAGGCGACAUGACUCUCGGAUGGAUAACCUUCAGACUGCCUCAACUGUAGUGGAUGCGUCGGCUCGGAUAUACUCAUUUAGAGUUGAUGCUGUUCAUUUUGAUGUGUUGAAGAUGGCUGGAGGAUUAAGUAAAGCUGCUCAGGCAAAACGAGGUAAAAAGGAUGAUGAUAACAACUCACAAGAUGAUGGAGCGGCUGAUGGAGGAGAAGCCGCAGCACCAGUUAAAAAGAAGAAAAAGAAGGCCAAAGGCGCCAUAGCUGCCAACCCUGCAGUGUUCAAUGGAGAUUUUGAUACUAAUGACUGUAUAGAUCCAUUCUUCGAGAGGCUAGCGGCGACCACUGGUGAUUUGACAUCGUCAAAUAGAGCGUUUAACGCAACGCUCCCCAUACACGACAAAACACUUGCCUUGAUAUUGAGAACUGACGAUCGGUUUUUAGAAGAAAUUAAGGAGAAUAUUCCGGAAGAGCAGAACAUAGACUUAUCGGAGCGCAUCACAAUAGCUUCGAAGCUACUGCCCGCGUUUACAGCCAGUGACCAUAUUUGUGAACCUUUCACUGGCUUCUCCAUCACCAACUGGGAUCCGGAUACGGAAGACACUGAUAAUCGGGUAAACAACUGGGUGGAAGAGAAUCGGCUGAACUUGUCACAACAGGCGCUCGCCUUCGAUGUCAAUGCCGAGGUCGAACCAAUACCGCAGGAUGAACAGCACAAUGAUUUGUAUGACGAUGAACCAUUGGGCGGUAUAGAAAGCGAAGAAGAAGCAGACGUAGCGGUGGCGGCGUGCGUGGCCCGCGCGGGCGCGGGGCCCGGCCUGGCGCGCAUCACCGACAUGCGGCCCGUCGCGCCCCACGACACCCGUCUCGAGUACUCCUACUGCGGCGCUAUAGUCGCCGCAUGGGCCGGACCCUCGCAUUGGAGGCUGAAGAAUAAUAGAGCCUCAAAGAUGACGGAACGCACCCAAUCUACCGCCGGUCGCAUAACAGCAGUGGAAGGCAAAAAGCCGGCGCGUACAAAACGUCAGCUAGACUUCCUAGGGGCAGGUCUUGCGUUCGAUUGCCGGGCAGAUCCCGUAGGAGAGUACGAGCCCACCCAGCCAGCCAAGAUCAUGAUCAGUAGGAAGACAUUGGCCACAGGACACACGUGGAAUGAAGCUAAUUUCAAAACUCCUAUUGAUAGAGGAUUAGACGAAUCUCAUUUCCGGAAGCUGUUCCUUCGUCAGAAUGUGAUGUUGUUGCGCAAGCGUGACUUGGAGCAGAGCAAGCAACCUGAACCGGAGCCCGUCACCGUGGAGGAGGCCAGAGAUUACGACUAUAAUAACGAGAAUGACGCCUCUUAUUGUCCUAAUAAUAUUCCUGAUGGCGACGAUUGGGGCAACGAAGACGCGACAGCGGCAGGAGAUCUGCACGAUCAAGUAAAAACAGCGGAACCAGAGGAAAUUACAGAUAUGUUGGAACCACCCACUAAGGUCGCGAAAAUCUUUAUACCAUACGCGAUGCGGGCGAAAAAAGUAGACAUGAAACAGCUCAAACACUGCACGUGGAAACUGCUCACGGAUAAACCGGUGGACUGCCAAAAAGAGGAAGUUAAACAAACCUCUUUCGCCACAAUUUAUAAACAGUUACCAAACAGAUUGACGCCAAAUAUGCGUGAAUCACUCAGUAUACCUCUAGCCUUACUAUCUUUACUCCAUCUAGCAAACGAGAAAGGACUGAUUUUAGAGAAAAGGGAAGAUAUGAAAGAUAUUGGAGUAAUAGGCCUCAUAAAAUAAUUAAUAUUUUUGUAUAUUUCAGUGUUUGAGUUUUCAGUAAUAGUACAGAUUCAUAUUGUCUUGUACAUUUGUAAUUACUAUUUCUGUGCUUGUACAGAACUCGCCUUUUUGAAAAAUACCUCAAAUGCAUGCGAGGAAAAAUUAGUAUUUUCCUCAAAAAGAGUUAAACUAGAAAAUAAAGUAAACGAAAUAAUGCUCAAUAUGAUAUUAUUUAUGUUAUCAACACCAUGGAAUAUAGAGUACUUUUUGGUUUAUCGCUACAAAGCGAAUGCAGUCAUACUGGUCAAAUUAUAAUAAUUAGAAACCGCAUAAUGUAACAUGAUUUGAAAUUAAAUUGUACAUCCAAUUCAAUUUUCCCAUUUUGUUCAAUCCUCUAAUUUUACUUUUUUAUUGUAAUUUUUAUUUAGGUAAUCUCAUAUUUUUUUGUAAGAGCAAUGAAAUAAGGCCAUAUUAGUAACAUUGUACAGAUGUUUUGUUAUAUUUUGUUUCUACGUAAUAUUGUAAAUGUAGAAUAAAAACAUUCAACAAGAA